CUCGUCGCGCGCCUGGGGGCCCUGGGGGAAAUUUCCACUCGGCGCCUCGACCAGCUAGCCGCUAAGUGCAUGGACGUGCUGUUCUUCGACGGGAUGGAGGUCAGCAAGGGCUCGAGGCUGCUGGAGUCCUUCCAGUGCAUGCGGCCCAGCCUGGGGACGGCCCGCCACGGCAACUCCUUUGUGGCGCGCGCGGCGCUGGCGGGGUUUCGCCGACGGGCGCGCGGAGGGUCUCGCGAACCUUUGUGCCGCCCGUGGGCGCUGGCCGUGGUCGGGAUCUCCCUGCUGCUGAAGGAACUGGACUUCGCGACGGCGCUGUGGCUGGCCUGGGAUGGCACGCUGCGCCUGCCGUCGGACCUGGUGAGCAUGGCGCCCAAGGCCAUGGUCGGGCCUGGCACGGGCGCGAUGCCAACUGGGGCCUUGUCCUGCGCCCCAGCGACGAGGAGGCGAGGAGCAAGGUCAUGGGCGCCGACGAGGGGGUGAUCCGCGGGGGGCCUGCUGGAGCGGCGGCGGCGGCGCGGCGCUGCGGCGCCUGCGGGGGACUCGGGGCCCUGGCUGCCAGCUCCGGUCGUUCGACGGCCCGUGGUUCACCGAGCGUUUCGAGGAGCGGUCGGCAGCGCUCGCCCACGGCGGCUGCCUACCAGGUGCGCCUGAUCACCGCCGUGACCGAGCGGCUGAGGCGCGCCGGCCCGCGCGGCAGCUUGCGCCACGCCAAGCACGUUUACCACCUGUCGUUGCUGAACGCGAUGCCACGCGCUGCGGCGGACUGGGGCGAGGUGAUCCACGCGCGGCUGGGAGGCCUGCUGCAGGGCGGCAACAUCCUGGAGGCCCACGCCUUCUUGCCGCUCAGUGUGCCGGGGGCCUUGCGCGACAGCCGCGCCAAGGGCUCCGAUUCGGUUGCGAGAAAAAAAGAGCCAGGUGUUCGUCGAGGUCGGAUUCUCGAAAGGUGAAGGGAGUAGACGCCUCAGUGAGUCCAGUGAGCACAGUGCGAUUUGGGUGAAUGCCUCCAUGUGUGACCUCGCCGUUUCUCGCAGCGUGCUCCUGUGGUGGAUCGGUUCUUGUGUCGUUCGCGGCAUUGCUGCGACGCUUCCCGACUUGAGCUCUGACUUAAGCUCUGACCACACUGGGGGCGCAGCCCGUGCAUUGCUAACCUUCUGAAACUUGCCAAUGCUGCCUGCUCCGCUAGAUGCCCAGCGAUUGCAACCAGUCCCUGCAAGGAGCAACUAUGUACGAAGUUCUGUUUGGGCGCAUCUAGAUGUUUGGAGCCGCGCCCGCGGCGUCUGGGCGCCCAGGGUGGCUCAGUGCAUUUUUUUUGCUUCGGGCCGCCACGGGGCGGUCGAAAUUGCGUCGGCCUCGGGCGGGCCUCUCGUUGGUAGUGAUUUUUACGCUGUCGCCCUCGCCGUGCCCCUGCUCCCAGUAAGUCGCCAGUUGUCUUUCUUGGUAGUUCGCCGGCUUCGCGUCUCAGCGUUCGCGGCAAGGGUGCCGCCGAAAAGAAUCGCCAAUGUAUCCCGCCUUCUGUGUUGACAUGGGCCAGAGGCCAAUUCGGGCGCUUCGUGGGGCGAUCGCUUCCGCUGUUUGCGAAGUCAACCGCUGCGCCGUCCGAUGGAUGCGAUCUGGAU